AAAUCUAUUUCCGAUAGCAAUAAUAAUCAUCAAAGCAAACACCAUCACCACCACCACAAUCACAACAAAAAAUCUACCGCUACUUCCACCGUCAUAAAGAACACAACUAACAAAAACACUAUGCGAGUAAUCGCACAACAGGCUCUUUCAUCUAAAGUCAUCGAGUCCAAUUAUUUGCCAAUUAUUCAUAAAGAAUCGAUUAAUUUGGUUAAAUACUUUUAUAAAAAUGCCGGGAUUUUAAUUAAUCCAGUCGACGCAUUAACCCAUUCAAUCUCCAAAACCUUUUCAUUGAUUACCUUUGGUACUUCUGCUGAAAAGUUUUCUUUUGACUUUACGGAAUUCUUGGAAUCUGCAAACGCACUCGAACAAAAAGAAAUCCAAAUCGAGUCAUUACAAUUUCUUCGUAAAAUUUCUUCGACGCAACAAACACUCGAAAACAAAGUUCAUCUUUCUAAGACAAAAUAUGCGGAAAUAUCAAAACAGAUAGUUGGCAGCCUGAAGAAGACUACUGCAAAAAAUUCAACUAAUGACAAAUGCUUCACUGGAGAGAUUUUGAAGUCGAUGAAACCAAAAGCAGAUGAAAAAGAAUUUCUUAAUUUGAGCAGCAAUCUAUUGUUUAAUGGCAUUGAAAACACAUUGGCAGAGCUAAAACCUGUAGGCUUUUUUUCACAGCCAUAUAUCGUCACCAAAGAUGAUAUCUAUCAAGGAUAUCAUAUUCCGCAAAAUGCUAAUGUAAUAUUCAACACAAACACAUUACAUUUUAAUCAAACUUUAUUCGAGCGAGCGAAACGUUUCUCUCCAGAACGAUACUUAGACGAACAAGGUCAUUUGAAACAAAAUCCUGAUUCAGCCAAAGUAUGGAUGUUUGGCAAAGGACCAAAUGCAAGUAUCGGUGAAUACCUUACAGAAAUAACAUUAUCAGCCAUAAUUGCCCAUACACUCGCAUUAUUCAUUAUUACGCCUGAAAUUGAUGAGACGACAGGUGACGAAAAAGAAAUAAAUAUGGAGGGUGUGUCGAACGGGUUCAAAUUGGAUGCGCCGAAUUACAAUGUUAUAUUUGAAUUGAGAAAAGAUGUUGAUCAUGAAAAAAUUUUCAGGGGAAAUUAUUAA